AGGGUGGCCCCCUUUCCUCCCCCCGCCUCGGGCUGGGAAGAGAUAUCGCCUGGCAGGAGCCUGCUUCCUCCCCGGGGGGUGAAGAGACCCAGGAGUUCGGGCCGGUCACUGCCUUGAGCGCCAGGCCCUGCCUGUUCCCGGUGGCUGGAAGUAGUUCCUAGGGACCCUGGCUUCACAGCUCCGAGUCUCCCCCACUCCCAAUUCUCACCCCUGGAGCCUGUCCUUCCUCCCUCAGCUUGGGAGUGGGACUCAAGCCUCUCAGCUCAGCACUUGGACCAGCCAGCGCUGCCCCCUUACCUGAAGGAUGAAGGUUGUCAAUCUGAAGCAGGCCAUUCUUCAGGCCUGGAAGGAACGGUGGAGCGAUUACCAGUGGGCUAUCAAUAUGAAGAAAUUUUUCCCUAAAGGAGCCACGUGGGACAUACUUAACCUGGCAGAAGCUCUUCUCGAACAGGCCAUGAUCGGCCCAUCACCCAACCCACUGAUCUUGUCUUACCUGAAAUAUGCCAUCAGUUCCCAGAUGGUGUCUUACUCUACUGUCCUGACAGCCAUCAGCAAGUUCGAUGACUUCUCCCGAGAUCUCUGUGUGCAGUCACUGCUGGAGAUUAUGGACAUGUUCUGUGAUCGGCUCAGCUGUCACGGCAAAGCAGAGGAGUGCAUUGGCUUAUGCCGGGCCCUCAUGAGUGCUCUCAACUGGCUGCUGCGCUGUGCAGCCUUCUACACGGAGAAGUUCAAAGAGAUGUUGGACCAAGCAGCUGCUGAGAACCAGCUUAAGAUGUGCCUGGAGCGGCUGGAGAAGAUCCUGGACAGCAUGAAGAACCGGGCCCUGAUCCACAUUGCCAAGCUUGAGGAGACAUCAUCAUGGAGCACGGUGGAGCAAUCCCUAGUCAAACUGGGGGAGAAUCUGAACAACCUCAGCAGCCCCCAGCUCCAGAGCCAGGCAGAUGAAUGCAUCUCCCUAAUCAAGAGCAUCCCCACCAUGCUCUCAGCCCACUCAGACCAGCUGAACAAAACUGGCUUCCCCACCAUCCAUGCUGUGGUGCUGCUUGAGGGGACCAUGAACCUCACAGGAGAGACUCAGCCUCUGGUGGAGCAGCUGAUGAUGGUGAAGAGGAUGCAGCGUAUUCCCUCACCUCUCUUUGUGCUGGAGAUCUGGAAAGCCUGCUUUGUGGGCCUGAUAGAGUCCCCUGAGGGGACAGAAGAGCUGAAAUGGACAGCUUUCACCUUCCUUAAGAUCCCUCAAGUUCUGGUUAAACUAAAGAAAUAUCCCCAAGGAGAGAAGGAUUUCACAGAGGACGUGAACUGUGCCUUUGAGUUCCUGUUGAAACUCACCCCUCUGCUAGACAAAGCGGAUCAGCGAUGCAACUGUGACUGUACCAGUCUGCUCCUUCAAGAAUGUAGCAAACAGGGACUGCUGUCAGAGACCAACAUGACCAAUCUGACUGCCAAGAGGACGGCUGACCGGGAGCAUGCCCCCCGUUUGAAAUCAGCAGAGAACGCCAACAUCCAGCCCAACCCAGGGCUCAUCCUCAGAGCCGAGCCCACUGUCACCAACAUCCUGAAGACCAUGGAUGCAGAUCACUCCAAAUCUCCUGAGGGGUUGCUAGGGGUCUUGGGCCACAUGCUGUCUGGGAAGAGCCUGGAUCUGUUGUUGGCUGCGGCAGCAGCAACAGGGAAACUGAAAUCUUUUGCUCGAAAAUUCAUCAAGCUGAAUGAAUUCACGAAGCACAUAAGCGGAGAAGGCUCCAAGGCGGCCUCAGUCCGGGCCCUGCUGUUCGACAUCUCCUUCCUCAUGCUGUGCCAUGUCGCGCAGACCUACGGCUCUGAGGUGAUCCUCUCAGAGUCCAGCCCCACUGGUGAGGUGCCAUUCUUCGAGACCUGGAUGCAGACGUGCAUGCCUGAGGAGGGCAAGAUCCUCAACCCAGAUCAUCCUUGCUUCCGGCCUGACUCAACAAAAGUGGAGUCUCUAGUUGCUCUGCUGAACAACUCCUCAGAAAUGAAGCUGGUGCAGAUGAAAUGGCAUGAGGCCUGUUUGAGCAUCUCGGCUGCCAUCCUGGAGAUCCUCAAUGCCUGGGAGAAUGGAGUCCUCACUUUUGAGUCGAUUCAGAAGAUCACUGAUAACAUCAAGGGGAAGGUGUGCAGCAUGGCCGUGUGUGCAGUGGCUUGGCUGGUGGCCCAUGUUCGGAUGCUGGGCUUGGAUGAGAGGGAGAAGUCACUGCAGAUGAUCCGACAGCUUGCUACACCCCUGUACAGCGAGAACACACUUCAGUUUUACAAUGAGCGUGUGGUGAUAAUGAGCUCUAUUCUGGAGCACAUGUGUGCAGACGUCCUGCAGCAGACCGCCACACAGAUCAAAUUCCCCUCCACGGGCAUGGACACCAUUCCCUACUGGAACCUUCUGCCCCCUAAGAAGCCCAUCAAGGAGGUCCUGACAGGUGUCUUUACCAAGGUGCUGGAGAAGGGCUGGGUGGACAGCAGCUCCAUUCACAUAUUUGACACACUGCUGCAUAUGGGGGGAGUCUACUGGUUCUGCAACAACCUAGUCAAGGAGCUGCUGAAGGAAACCCGUAAGGAGCACACGCUGCGGGCUGUGGAACUGCUGUACUCCGUCUUCUGCCUGGACAUGCAGCAGCUGACAUUAACUCUGCUGGGCCACAUCCUGCCCAACCUGCUUACAGACUCCUCCAAGUGGCACAUGCUGAUGGACCCGCCCGGCAAGGCUCUUGCCAAGCUCUCUGUCUGGUGUGCCCUGAGCUCAUAUUCCUCCCACAACAGGGGGCAGGCAUCAGCCAGGCAGAAAAAGAGGCACCGUGAGGAUAUUGAGGAUUACAUUAGCCUUUUCCCGUUGGAUGAUACACAGCCAUCCAAACUCAUGCGCCUGCUGAGUUCCAACGAGGAAGAUGCCAACAUUCUGUCCAGUCCUACAGAUCGUUCCAUGAGCAGCUCACUAUCUGCCUCCCAGCUUCACACUGUCAGCAUGAGGGACCCUCUCAACAGAGUCCUAGCAAACCUCUUCCUCCUGAUCUCCUCCAUCCUGGGAGCAAAGACAGCUGGCACGCACACCCAAUUUGUCCAGUGGUUCAUGGAGGAGUGUGUGGACUGCCUGGAGCAGGGCAGUCGAGGGAGCAUUCUUCAGUUCAUGCCCUUCACAAUGGUAUCAGAGCUGGUGAAAGUGUCCACCAUGUCCAGUCCCAAAAUUGUCCUGGCUAUCACAGAUCUCAGCUUGCCCCUCGGCCGCCGUGUUGCUGCAAAGGCCAUUGCUGCCUUGUGAACACAGCUUUCCCUUCUGCAGUGCUGGGGAUGAGAAGGCGGGACAGAAGCCACGGGAGAUCCAGUGAAAGCUGCUCCUGGAUUACCCCUGGCAACGUGGAUCCCAUUGAUUCUCCAUGCUGGGUGUGGGGGGAGUCAUUUGCAGUGGGUGCAGACGCUCCAUCACCGGUGGACUCCCAGAAGUGCCUUGGUUCCCAAGAGAAGCUGUGGUGUCUCUGGCGGCUACUUCCUUCAGCACUGGGCAUGUUAGAGAUGCCAUUAUAUACAGCAUGGGCUGGUUUGCUGUUCUCUAUCGUCUCCUGACACCAAACACUGCAAGACUGAGACAAUCUUAUCUGAUCUUGCUGCUUGGAUAAUUUCUAAUACUUUUUUUAUAAUCCAGUUGCUGUUUUUUACCAUGAAGCAUGGACGGUUGUGAACUUUUUAACAGGAUUUGUUUCUUAAUAGUAUUUGUGCCAAGAUAGCAUCUCAAAAGAAUAGUGCUUUCCCUGGGGUUCCAGUAGCUAGUACGUUUCAGCACUUGCUAUUGGUGGCUGAAGUCCUUUGGAUGCCUGAUAAGCAAAAUGGCCUGUAUAUGGUAAACAGAUGUAAAGAAUGGCUCUGUACCGUCCUGCAGGUGCAUCUCUGUCAGCUUUGUCCACAAGCUGGUGCUCUGAAACAGACAACUUGCUGUAAUCACUUAAAUCUCAUCUAAAGAGCAACCAUACAUCUUCUGCUUUCAUGAAGGCACUGUGUGCCACAGUCUACAGAGCAGAGUGCAAGGAGUUUCUAAAAUUGUAUUGUUAAAUUGAUAUAGUAGUUUAACUAUUUUUUUACUAGGAAACAAUAAGGGGUGAGAAAUGUGACCUCUUACAUCUUUAUCUGGGGUUGUCCUUGUCUGGCUUGGGAGUUUCCAGGGAUUUCUAGAGUCGGAUGCUACAGCUGCCAGUGUUGGGCUGGCACAACAUUCCAGUGACUGUAAUCUGUGCUCCCCUCUUUUAUUGUUGUCCAGCCUUGCAUCUCUCAGAGGGGCAAGAAUUGCACAAAGAGGAGGAGGAUACAAUUCUGGAUGGAGCCAUCUUGUUAACUUGAUUCUAUCUCUCUUUUUUUGAUCAAAGAAGCAGGAACAGCCCAGAGGGAAGAAAAAUGCACAAGGAAUGUGCCAAAGGCAGUGGGGUACUUUUUGUCAUGAGAGGACUGAGAUGAGGUUUUAGUGCUUGAGGUACACUGCAAAUGCUUUGAAGUCAGGUAGUUGCUGUAUCAGCUUUCCCCACCCAGUUCUACUGGCACCCUUCAAGCCAGACCUGCUGCAGUUCAUGCUAAUUCCUGUCCUACUCCUCUUUUGAGCAGGCACUAUUGACCAGGUUGGGUAUCCCUGCAGUGGACAGGCCCUCAUGAAAGCCUGGGCAGAGAUGAAAAAGUUGUUUUUGUCAUGUGACGCAAGCGGAGUUUGAAUCCAUGCCCGUGCUUCACGGUGAUGUAUCCCAUGCAAUGCCUGUGACAGCGAGGGGGGUUAUUUUAGUACAAAAGCUGACCAUGCAUCUUCCAAGGUUGAAGUUCAUUCACUUCCACUUCCCUUCCUGCAGCUGUAUUUUUGACAACAUUUGAUGUCCCUCAUGGACUAUGACUUUUUGUACUUGUUUAUUGAUCCUUUUCCAGGGUGGAAUUAUUUUCUUUGAGAAUAAACCUAAAAUAAAUCCUUGGGA